UUUUUUUCUCUUUUUCGAUUUUAAAUUCUUUAAUUCAUGCAGAGAGGUAGUUUCACAUGUUUCUUGCAAUCCUUGCUCAAAGUUUUCUGAAAAGUUCCCAUUUUAAAGUUCUAAAAAAUUCAUCAAUGAAUCAAGAUUCUAUAAGAGUAUGUUGACUGUAUUUGUAUCUGAAAGAGAGAAUUUCCCGUUUCAGGUAAGGAGUGACUAUGGCAACUUAUUACAAAAGUAGUGGCUCAAGUGACAUUUAUUCCAGGCCAAUUGCAUCUGACUUUGUCCCUGGAAACGCAAUGAUCUACACAAAUCCUGCGGUUUCUUACCCAGAGACGUUUCCUGGAGAAGCUAACUAUGUUUCAGCUUCAAAAGAUGUUCAAGUAUUGUCAAGUUUUGGUGGAGGAGCUUCACAAAUGUUUGAGAUUCAAGAUUCUGGUUCUUGGAGAGAUCAAGAAGACAAUGACAGGAACUGCUUCCCGGUUAUGAUGCGUCCUACCACAGAACAGGGACUAUCCCUUGGCCUCAGCUCACAGACUGAGACAAUGAGAGGAAAUAAUAAUGAGUAUGCAACAGAGGCUGUUUCCGGGUUUACUCGAACCAUUCACAACUCAAAGUAUCUCAAGGCUGCUCAGGAGCUUCUCGGUGAAGCCGUUAAUGUUAAGAAAGCUCUGAAGCAAUUUCAGCCAGAGGGAGAAACGAUUAAUGAAGAGAAAGAGUAUAAGCUUGAAGAAUCAAACAGGAAUCCUGAUAUACCUCAAGGAGAGAGACAAGAAUUGCAGAGCAAGUUGACAAAACUCUUAUCGAUACUAGACGAGGUGGAUAAGAGAUACAAGCAGUAUUACCAUCAAAUGCAGAUAGUUGUGUCAUCUUUCGAUGUAAUAGCCGGAUGUGGAGCAACUAAACCAUACACGGCCCUUUCGCUCCAGACCAUCUCGAGGCAUUUCCGUUGCGUAAGGGAUGCGAUAUCCGUACAGAUCUUGGUGAUAAGGAAAAGUUUAGGAGGUGAACAUGGCGGAUUAGAUGGGAAAGGAGUUGGGAUAAGCAGGUUAAGGAAUGUUGAUCAACAGGUAAGGCAACAAAGAGCGUUGCAGCGGUUAGGCGUGAUGCAACCUCACACUUGGCGGCCUCAACGCGGUUUACCUGAUUCCUCUGUUUUGAUUCUUCGUGCUUGGCUCUUUGAGCAUUUCCUCCACCCUUAUCCAAAGGAUUCGGACAAGAUCAUGCUAGCUAGAUAAACAGGGUUGAGCAGAGGCCAGGUGUCGAACUGGUUCAUUAAUGCGCGAGUGCGUCUCUGGAAACCAAUGGUGGAGGAGAUCUACAAGGAAGAAUUCACAGAUGCAUUGAAGGAGAGUGGUCCCAACUUGUCUUCCAGAAACACACCUGCAACCACCGAGAUUCAAGAACAGCAUCAAAUGGAGUCUAGUUCCAACAAUGUUGUGGCAAUCAGUAGCAUGGGACAGAACAGUGUGGCACAUGCUGGUGACCGGUUCAUGAUGGUGACCGAGAUGACAAGACAUGGUAGUGGUGGGAUGUCUUUAACUUUGGGGAUUAAGAACUCUGACGCUCACAGCGAUGUAUCCAUGUCCGGUGUGAUAAAUAACUAGAAGAAUACCAUUCCUGCAAAUGAUUUUCAGUACUUAAGCUCCGGCAAUCACCAGCACCGGCUUGGCCCUUCACAAUUGUUUCAUGAUUUUGUAGCUUGAUGAAGAAUAACAAUAAAGAGCUGCAGUUAUAUAUUCUCUUGUGAAAGUAAACCAGCAAAUGAAUAUGUAGAUUACUUAUUACUUGACUAGAUAAUAUAUCAGAAAUAAAAUCGUCAAAAGCCAACAUCAGGAUAAAGUUUGACUUCAAAACUAAACUUGAAGCUAUACUUAAAACAUCCAUGAUUUAACCAUCUAUCAUAAAAUCAAAAAGGAUUUACUUGGAAUUAUCUUAUUGACAUUUAUCACUCACUCCUAUUUUAAAUAGUGAAAAAUUUAUAACACACUUCUCUAUUAAAGAGAGUAUUGACACCUAUAUGAUGACAAAUAUGACAUAUUUUAUAGGAAUAGAACAAGUGUCCUCAUGAAAUGAAUAGUCAUCAUUUAUAAUAUAAACCUUUUUUUUCUAUAUAGAAUUAAAGCUUAACCACUUCGACUCGUUGUUCAAUUAUGCAACUCAUUGAUUUUAUUAUUGCAGCAUCACAUCAAUUACAGUUCCAUGCCGAUUUAUGCAACACAUUGAUCGCGCCAUUACAAUGAUCGAAUAAAUACCGUGAACUCGUCCUACAUAUCGACUCGUGAUGGUUUGUUCGAGAAGGCUUAUCCAUGACGGUAUGUCUACGACGACUUAUCCUUGUUAGCUAGUCAAUAGAUGCUUCAUCUAUGAUGGCUUAUCAGGUGGCUCAUCCAAAACACUAAAUGAAAAACCUGUCCACACACACCGUUUGCGCAUGUGUCCACUGAGUAAGAAGUUUUAUUGGAAUAAAAAUCACGUCUACGGCAACUCGUCCGCGACAGUCCGUCAGCACUAUUGAAGCCCACAUGAGAAGCCCAGUUUCUGAUCUAAUAAGAAGUCUUAGUGAACCAUGUAACUAGGGUUUAUAAGUCUAUAUAUAUGUCGUUAGUGUCCUCAUCAAUGUAACCUUGGUUGCCAUAGUUGCAGCCACUUUAAACUCUUUUUAUAAUAUCAAUCAUUCUACUUAGCUCUUGGUGACAACUCUCAAGCUUUCUCUUUUAGUUUCUUUGUCAUUCAAUAAAGCUCUAUGAGCUAUUAGUCUUCAAUAAGCUUCUAGCACAAAUCUAUCUUUAUCUUCAAAUAUCUUCAUGGUAUCAGAGCUUCAGUCUAUCCAUGGGUAUUUUGCUCUUCUAAAGCUUCCGCUCAACCAGACAGAACCAGUUCGUGACCAGACCCGAUGAGUCUCGCUUCUCUCACAACUCUGUCAAACUGUGAAAAAGACUCUUUCUUGGGAGGAGUUCAGAUCGGACAGAUAAGAAAGACUUACGGUCUGUUCAGCCUCCUCAUCACUUUAUCUAUGGUAUUAUACCUGUUUCUUUCAUUUGAAGAUGAACAAUGGAGAUGAAAUUAUAUUUGAUAGAUGAGGAGAAUAUGCUUCAUUUGGUGGUUCUGUUGUUUGGUUUAGACUAUAGGAUGCAUUAGGUUUUGGGUUUCAUGGUAUCAGAGCUGCAGUCGAUCUGUGGACUCAAAAAAAAAAAAAAAAAAAAUCCUGUCAUCUGCUUCAUGCUUCCGUCAAACAGACAAUGCUCACCCACACAGUUUUAAGCUUCCGACAAACAGAUCCAGAUAAGAAGAAAAGUUUCUUCCUUUCUCAAGUGCUCGUGUCUUCAUUCUUCUCAAGCAUUGGCGGCGCUCCAGGAGUAACAGCCGACCAGAAGAAGACCGUCGCGAGCAGCUGCUAGCGUCUUCCCUCACCAAAAAAAAAAAAAAAAUCUGACGCUUAGUUUCCUUUCUCGACGAAGGCAGAAGCUUUUAUGUCUCUUCAACAACAUUGCUCUGUAGAUGUGAUGAAUCUUCCUGAAGAUUCAGAUUCCACACCAUUUAUCCACGGUAUCAUCUGUUUCUCUCUUUCGAGACAGAGGAUGAAAAAAAAAAUUGUUGUCUUGAAUUGUCUUGCUGGCUGGUUUAGAUUCUUUGGUAUGGAACGUGAAGUUAGAUGAGUAGGCUGUGGUAAGUUAUAACAAUGGGUUUAUGGAAGAAAGUCUGGUUUUGUAAAAGCACACAAAGUGCUCGUUGAAAUGUCAACGUGAAAGGCAGGUUGUUUAGAAGCACAACUUUGGUGGUACAUAGAUGGAACACAGAGAUUGAGUAGAGCUUUGUUUAGUAGGUGUGGAAACAGUUUUUCAUUAGACAUAUUAGAAGAAUGAAAUAGGUAAUGGAAACCUAUAUUCAUAGUGAGACAAAGAGGUCACAAUUAUACCUCUGAGUGAGAUCAACUAAGCUCUUCAAGUUCAAAAGAAACCUCUGAGUGAAGCCAUGUGAUACUCUCCAAGUAUAGGCCUGAAUAGAUCUCACACUAAUGUUUGUCUACAAUGGUGAAUAGAGCCAUUUGCCAACACUACAAGCAUCAUGCUUCAACUCUUCAUGUCUCCUUCAAAGCCAUCUUCAGGUGCAUUCAAACUUGUCAGCUUUGUGUUCACCCGCUGCCAAGUUUGCGGGGGAGUAUUGAAGCCCACAUGAGAAGCCCAGUUUCUGAUCCAAUAAGAAGUCUUAGUGAACCAUGUAACUAGGGUUUAUAAGUCUAUAUAUAUGUCGUUAGUGUCCUCAUCAAUGUAACCUUGGUUGCCAUAGUUGCAGCCACUUUAAACUCUUUUUAUAAUAUCAAUCAUUCUACUUAGCUCUUGGUGA